AUGUCAUCCCAAUCCUACCCCGACAUUGACUUCACCAUCAAAGGCAAAAUCGGAAUAAUCAAGUUCAACCGCCCCAAGUCUCUCAACUCCUUCGGCGGCUCCCUCAUCCCCUCGACCAUCGCCGCCCUGCGCGUCCUCAACUCGCAUCCAGAGACAAUUUUCACGGUGCUCACAGGCGAAGGGCGCUUUUUCUCCGCCGGUGCGGAUGUCAAAGGUAUCGCUGGUGGGAAUGACGGCGAUGCCAAUGCCAGCGAUGCCGAGAAGAAGUUGGGAUUUCUCGGGCGGUUUAGCUAUGCCCAGGAACUACUUCGCAGCAUGAUCGAUCAUACCAAAGUGCUCAUUCUCGCGCUCAACGGGCCUGCGGUCGGUGGCGGUGCCGCCUGGUUCCCCGGCAUCGCAGACAUCGUCCUGGCCUCCAACACCGCAUGGCUUCAAUGCCCCUUCUCCGCUCUAGGCCUUGUGCCAGAGAACGGCUCCGCCCUCUCCUUUGCGCAAUCCAUCGGCAUCCACCGCACAAACGACUUCCUCAUGUACAACUACGUCUGGGACGCCACAGGCGACGCGUUCCAGCAAAAGGUUGUAUCCUUUCUUGAAGAGCAAUUGGCAGAUAAAGAUGGCAAGAGCAUGAUUGAAAUGAAGCGCCUGCAAAACGCGCCGAUUAGGGAUCAGAGGAUGAUAGCGGUAGUGAAUGCCGUGGACGCGUUGGUCGAGCGCUUCGUCGAGGGCGCGCCGAAGGAGCGGUUUGAAAUCAAGAAGAAAGAGCUCGAGGAGAAGAGUAAGGCGAGGGCGAAGAUUUGA